AGAAGGGCGUAGAAGGGAGAAUAAAUGAAUUCCGAAUAAAUAGUCUAGGAUAUCAUGGGAAUAAACCUACUAGAUAAAUCAAAGAGAGACUUCAACCACCAUUCGCCCUCAGGCACAAAGAGAGAGAGAGAAGUCUCUGGGACGGUCCUGGCAGCACAACAACCAUUAUCUCCCGAUUUCCUCUCUCCAUUGGAAGAAACAAGGCACCUGCAAUGGCAAUUCACUGAGUUGGAAUUAUGGCGAAAUGGGCUUCAAAAUAAAACACUUUGGAAUGUGAUAAAUAAAACGGACAGGGAAAAUCUGAGCGUGUGAGAACAAAACAAAUCAGAGCGAGAGCAAAGCGCUGUGAGCUAUAUUAAGUCACCGCAUUGCUUUGACUCUCAAAGCAACGGGAACGGGAAAGAGCACGGCGCACGAGCACGGGCGCCCCGGUUGCGUACGAUUUAAGCCGCCGCCUACCACAGCAGGGAGACCGUCCUGUUUCGUCCACUAAAUUACUAUCCAUGGCUGAUUUUUUUAUACGACCUGCUUUUCAACUGGUAACCGAGAAACCGUGGAUAAAAUAAGAUAAGAUGUUGAAGUGAUUAUAGGGGGUAAAUAAUAAACAAUACAACAAUACCGGGCAAGCAAGGUCCCUUCCCCGAGCGCAGGUGGAUCCAGCGAAGUGGUGGAACAGGGUGUUGAACGAGGACAGGAUCAGCAGCGCGUGACAAUAACAUCGGGACUACUAGUCUACUAGGUCUUCAAAGAAUAGGUCUAACUAUUCAUUCCUAUUUUUGCUUUUUGAGGUCCAUAUGAUGCUAAAUCGUUUCACAAACUGGAUGUGUAUCAGAACUUCAGUAUGGUGGAAAUAGAAUAAUCCAAGUGAUGUUGCCACUGUAUAACGCAUAACGCACUUGGACUAAUAGGAGUGUAACCCUAAUUAAAUUAUUGUUUUGUAGGCUUUCCAAGCCUGCUUUUGUUGGAAUAAUACCUAGUUCUCUCUCAUGUGGACCUAUAAUAGUCUGUAAGGAUGCCUGAAGCACUCGCCCCAGCCCAGGCGCUCUACAUCGGCAUGGAGGUGCUGAUUGCCGUCUUCUCUGUCCUGGGUAAUGUGAUGGUGGUCUGGGCAGUGAAAAUUAACAAGUCGUUGAGAGACACAACAUUCUGUUUCAUCGUUUCUCUGGCACUGGCGGAUAUCGCAGUGGGAGCCAUGGUCAUCCCCUUGGCGAUAACUAUCAGCAUCGGACUCCAAACUCACUUCUACAGCUGCCUGAUGGUCGCGUGCACGGUGCUGGUGCUGACGCAAAGUUCCAUCCUAGCCCUCCUGGCCAUUGCGAUUGACCGCUAUCUCAGGGUCAAGAUUCCAACCAGCUAUAAGCGUGUGGUGACAAAGCAGCGAGCGGCCGUGGCGGUGGUGGUGUGCUGGACCGUGGCCUUCGUCGUGGGCUUGACCCCCAUGCUGGGCUGGAACAACCUGUGGAGGCUGCAGCAGAACGGUUCCCUGAACGAGGAUCUCAUCAUCACCUGUCAGUUUGAGAACGUAAUCAGCAUGGACUACAUGGUCUACUUCAACUUCUUCGGCUGGGUGCUGCCUCCUUUACUCCUCAUGCUGGUCAUCUACACAGAGAUCUUCUACAUGAUCCACAAGCAGCUCAACAAGAAGGCUUGCACCGUCAGCCACACCGACCCCAACAAGUACUAUGACAAGGAACUCAAACUGGCCAAGUCAUUGGCUCUGGUUCUCUUCCUGUUUGCCAUCAGCUGGCUUCCCCUCCACAUCAUCAACUGCGUCACGUUGUUCUGUCCGACCUGCGACAAACCCCUGUUCCUGAUCUACAUCGCUAUAUUGCUCACGCACGGCAACUCAGCCGUCAACCCCAUCGUCUACGCCUUCCGCAUCAAGAAGUUCCGCGACGCUUUCCUGAAGAUCUGGAAGCAGUACUUCUGUUGUAAGGACGUACCCGCCAUUUUGAACCAGCCCAGUGAGAAGGAUGGGAAUGAGAAGGGGAACCAGAAUGGGAACGGGAAUCCUAAUCUGAACGGGGACUCACAGCCAGCUCUGUCGCCACCACAAGAAGGGCAGCAGCCUCCACUAGAGCAGGGGGCCAAGCACCAACUGCCACAGUCUCACAACGAUGCCACACCACAGCAGAAACCCCCCAUGGAGCACAACAAUAUCUAACUGCUCUACUUUGACGUGUCAGAAACCUGUCAGUUCCUAUGUUUUGGGAGAUGAAUAGAGGUUGUUUGACAGGAGUCAGAGGCAUACUGAUAGUAUUCGUUCGGAAUGUAUAGCAACCAAUGGAGGAGUGUGACAUGGUGAAAGAAACGUUUAAUCAGUCUACUUUUUGUACCUCGCACCUGGAUGUGAUUGGAUGUUUGUGUACACUACUUUGAAAGGAGUGUGACAUGGUACCUACUGAAUGGAAGGAUUCUGGUGCAGUGUUUGGCCACUUGCAGCUUAAGGAUCCAUCUUACAGACUGUGAAAUCAAAUUUGAACAUUAAUGUGGUGGUGUACAGUGGGGGAAAAAAGUAUUUAG